AUGCCUUUCUUCCAAGUUUGUGAAAACUUGUCCAGUUUCGGAUUCCUCCUGACCAUUGUCUCCAACAUUUUGCUAAUCUAUUUCACGAUGUUGAAAGUCAAAUUCGUCACAAGGACUUAUAAGAAAAUGAUAAUUUUGUAUGCUCUUUUUGGAAUCAUCCUAGUCCUGAUUGAAAUCAUCGCCCGACCAUUUGCUCAUAGUUACAACCGAGCGCUUUUCACUUUCAGCUUGAAUAACUGGCUCGUAGGAUAUGAGUCGCUGCUUUGGUUUUUAUUAGCUCUCUUCGUUGGGUUUUACAAUGCUAUGCUGGCUUUUCUAGCUGUUCAGUUCGUGUUCCGAUAUCUAGCACUUCUUCAGUCAAAACAUGUUAAGAAAUUCGAAGGGAUUGGUGUACUGGGAUGGUUACUGUACCCAGUAAUAUCAGGUGCAAAUUUCAGUACUGUUUACGGCUUGCUGGCCACACCAGAUGAAUAUACGGAUGACUAUAUGAGAGAAGAGCUAUUCACAAUAUAUGGAUUGAAUAUCUCCAAAACUGCUCGCUUCAUCCUGUUACCAUACGGAAAAGAUAAUUCUUUGCGGUCUGGCAGCCUCCUAUGCAUACUUGUCGAUGGUGUUUUAUUAACUUCUCAGUAUGUAAUAAUCGUUUCCAGUGGAAUUCAAAUGUAUCUGGUUAUGUCCGAAAAAAAUAAAACUACUUUCCUACACCAAUCAAAUCUUACAAAAACAACUUUUCGUAGCGCUCAUCUUGCAAACUUUGGUACCUACAGUAUUAUUUGUGCUACCCGCAUUUCCAUUAUUGUUGCUGCCAAUGCUUAA